AUGGAUGGUUCCGGCGCUGGAUCCAUCGUCAAUUGCGCGGAUCUUUCGUUUCUAAACCAUCCGGACUGGGCCCGUGGCCAGAAACACCAAGGCCAUUGGACUGUUUCACCAGUGAAUGGAUUGAUGAGUGAAGGAUCGUCUUCUUCCCACCCCCAUGAAUUGUUCAGUGCGCUUAAGGACCUUUAUCCUGAGUGGCAAGAAGAUACGAGGCAGUCCUGUGGGCCAAAAUACGCGUUCAAAUUUGAUGAAAUCAUGUCUGGAAGCUUUAUGGAAGAGAGAAGACCCAAAUUGCCUGUCUUUGAAGAUGUACUGGGAAAUCCGGAUUGA